UCGCGCUCACCGGAAGUGGCCUCGUCCGGCGCGGUGCGCAUGCGCAGUGAGGAGCGGAGCAGCAGAAGCCCGAGGAGUUUCUUCAGCGUUAAUUAUUCAGCCUGUGUUAAUUAUUAGUGUGUUUGUGAAUCUGCACGAUGGCGGGAAUCAAAGCUCUGAUCAGCCUGUCGUUUGGAGGAGCGAUCGGUCUGAUGUUCCUCAUGCUGGGCUGCGCUCUGCCCGUCUAUAAUGCGUACUGGCCUCUGUUCCUGCUCUUCUUCUACAUCCUGGCACCUAUCCCAUACUGCAUCUCUCGCCGCGUGGUGGACGACACAGACUCGGCCAGCCACGCCUGCAAAGAGCUGGCCAUAUUCCUGACCACAGGCAUCGUGGUGUCCGCCUUCGGGCUGCCCGUCAUAUUCGCCCGCGCUCACGUGAUGGCCUGGGGAGCCUGUGCUCUGGUGCUGGCGGGAAACAUCGUGAUCUUCGCCACCAUCCUGGGCUUCUUCCUGGUGUUCGGCUCCAACGAUGACUUCAGUUGGCAGCAGUGGUGAAGCAGGACUCUCCGCUCAUCUCACUCUGACAUUACCGUUUUAUUUAUAAUCGCCGCCCAUUGAUAGAAGCAGGAAUCCAGUGCAAUAAUUGUGUUAAUGUUAGAUGGCUCUGACCUCAGAUAGACGCUCUCUCGUGUCCUUUCUCGUUAUGAAUGCAGGUGGUCGAACAGAAACACUGUUUUUCUGAAGCUUUGAACACUUUGCUUUGCAUUUCUCUUUUACUCAGUUUAUUUAUUUGUUCCUGUUCUCUGUUGAUCAUCGUAUUAAACGUGACAUCGUCGACCGAAGCUCGUUAUGUUGAUUUGAUGAGUCUGUUUUUAUUGCAUAGCGACGCGUUUGUUUCCCGCAAACAUUUAUUUUAGAGAAAAACCCAGAGUAACCGGUUAUUAGGUAACUAUGAACACGCAGAUGAAACGCAGGUCAUGUUUGUUUUAGCUCAUAUCCAUCGUUCAUAAAGACAAGAUGGUGUGAGUUUCUCUGAAUCAGACGCUCGGUGUGUGACGAGAGGUUAAAGUCAGCAUGAAAUCUCUUGAUUUAUCAGCGCACAAUAAAUCGGUAAAUAUAAAGUUGGCCUUAUAAUCUUUAUUUAUUCAUGUAGAGAAACUUUUCGACCAUCCAAUUAAUAAUUCCUGAUGGAUAAAAUCAAGUCUUAUCCUACACUUGUUUGCUCUGUUACAUGUUUCUAUGGAAACCUAUUUCCGUCACAGAAUCAAAAAAUUGCUACUUUUUAACUUUCCUCGCCAGAGCUGUAAGAUAUUUGUAUCUCACAGCUUUUCUCUGAGUUUUCAGUUUGCGUCUCGCAAUUGUUUUUUUUGGCACAGAAUAAAAACAAUUUUUAAAAACUGUAUUUUUGGCUUUUCUUUUUUAUGUUUGCUCAGAAUUGAGAGGCGAACCCACAGUUCUGAGACGAAAAGUCUGAAUCAUAAAAUAUAAACUCAUAAUUGAGGAAAAAAGUCAGAGAUUAAACUCGCAAUUACGGUUUUUAUUUUUUAUUACAUGGUGAAAACUAAAUGCAAACUCAUCAAAGAAUUGUGAGAAAAGUCAAAUCUUGCAGUUCUGACUCAGUUUUUUAAUUCUGUGGCACAAAUGCGCUUCCAUUCAAUGCAUUGGUAGAAAGUGCUGUUUCAUAUUGACUUUAAAGCUUCAAAGAGACGUUCUGUUAUUUUAUAUCUCACUCUUUGUGCAGAAACGGCGCAGGUAACAUCGUGACUUUUUCCUCUCUUCUUGUUCAUUUUUUAAAUAAAUGCCAUUUUUGAAAAAAAAA